CCUUUGUGACACCAUGGCAUCCCUCCUCUUGAAGCACCUGGCUUCCUCCCUGACCCGCCAAGUGGCCCAGAUGAGCCGGUUAAAUCUGAGCCUCUCCUCACCAGCAGCUAGUGCCUAUAGAUGUCUCUGCACCCUCACCACAGCUCCCCGCACACUACUCCUGUCAUCACCCAGAGUCAGCUCCAUCCAGCCCCCCUCGUCUUCUGGCUCCUCUGCUCAGUGCGGACCACCUCUGUUGGGACAUUGCCAGCAUCUUCCCUGUAUACAGCCCUCUGCGGGGAUGAAAACCAAGUCUGCCCUUAAGAGGCGCUGCAAAGACUGUUUCAUGGUUCGACGCAGGGGGCGUUUGUUUGUGUUCUGCAAGACAAAUCCGAGACACAAGCAGAGGCAGGGUUAAAAAGUUGAAGGAUUAUUGAGAAGAUUGCUAUGAGAUCAUGGAAAUUUAGCAGAACUGUGAUACAAAAAUAAAUUGUUUGGCUGAAGAAUGUG